GUGAAGAAAUAUAAUUAUUAUAUGUAGAUAGUUGAACCUUAUGUGAAUGAUUUUCUAAUUACUCAUUUUGGAUGUCAAAUAGUUUGAUGCUAGAGCUUCAACAUCAACACCUCGUAGUGUAUUUCAUCGACAAUCUUUCACCCAGAUGUUGACAUCAUAGACUCCUCCUGCUGUCUGCACGUCAAUGGAGUGCGGUGUUGUUGUAGUAGUAGCAAGUUCAAUUGCUUUAACAAAAGAGGGGCUUGUCACUCCAGAUCAUGAACGUGCACCUGUUGUGGAUGAACAUCAUGAUUAUUUGUAUGUGGUGGAGUUACAAAAAAGUCUGGAGAGGAGGUCGAGUGGACGCACUCGAAAGACACCUGCAUCAUAUACAUCUCCAUCCCCUCGACAGGCAAAGAUAUCUCGUGAUUUGUUUCCUUCCCUUAGAGGGAAUUGAAUAGAAUAGGGUCCUGUGUUGUAUGCCUAUAUGGCAAUUUUGAACAUAUGUUUCGUAUUACGAAUAUGUGACAUUCUAUCUCCAUAUGGCUUUUGGCAAGCUCCUAUUUGACUUUAUUGGAUACCAUGUUGUAUGCCUAUAUGGCAAAUUUGAACAUAUGUUUUGUAUUGUGAAUAUGUGACAUUCUAUGUCCAUAUGGCUUUUGGCAAGCCCCUAUUUGACUUUAUUGGAUAUCAUGUUGUAUGCCUUUAUAGCAAUUUUGAACAU